CUGUAUUCAGCCCCACUUUCUCUCUCUUCAAUUCUCGCACCAGCAAAAAUUCUUUUACCACUGCUUCUGCAACUUCAAUAAUAUAUACUGCAAACCUCAUUCUUCAAAUUAUUUUACACAAGUGAAAUCCCUUUCACACAAAAGGCCUAAAAAAAUAUUGAAAAAGGCGAAGCAAAAUCCCUUUCUUAUAGUUUCCGAAUUAUUUUAAUUUAUUGGAAUUUGUGUAUUAUUUUAUAUUACUAUUACGGAUAAGCUCGGUGGCCGAUGCCGACGCCGCUGGGCACAGCCCGCCAAUGCUUGUCAGACUCGGCGGCGGCGGUGCUGGACGACGCCGUCGCUGCGGCCAGGCGCCGCAGCCACGCGCAGACGACCACGCUGCACGUGGUGUCCGCUCUACUGGCUGUGCCUGCUUCUCCUCUCCGCGAUGCCUGCACACGCGCCUGGAGCAGCGCGUUCUCCCCACGCCGCCAGUUCCGCGCCCUGGAGCUCUGCGUCGGCGUCGCGCUCGAUAGGGUUUCGGCGUCAAAAUCCGCCGCCGCGGAGGAGCCGCCGGUUUCGAACUCUCUCAUGGCGGCGAUCAAGAGAUCGCAGGCGAGCCAGAGGCGCCAUCCGGAUACGUUCCAUCUGUAUCAGCAGCAGCUGAAUUCGAGCUCGCCGCAGGGUACGCCGUCGAUUUCCGCGGUGAAAGUUGAGCUGAAGCAUUUCUUAACUUCGAUUUUAGAUGAUCCGAUCGUGAGCCGCGUCUUCGGCGAUGCGGGCUUCCGGACUCAGGAGAUCAAGCUGGCGGUUCUGAAUCCUCUCUCUGUGUCCAGAUUCGCCUUCACGGCGUCACGGCCGCCGCCUCUGUAUGCGUCUGGUCUGGACAAUUUCGAGCUGGACAAACGCGCUCGCAGUUUCCCCUUCAUCGACGCUUCUGCGGUGGAGAAACUCGAUGAGAAUCCGAGAAAAAUUGGGGAAAUUCUGUUGAAGAAAACUAGGAGAAAUCCGUUGCUCAUUGGCGCGGCUGGAAAUGAUGCUUGUAGGAGCUUUUUAGAUUGUUUGAAGAAGGGCGAAUCCAGAGUUUUGCCUAAAGAACUUGAUGGAUUGAGUGUGUUUUCGAUCGAACGUGAGAUUUCCGAGUGCAUCGGUGAGCGUUUCAGCGAAGAGAUGGUAGGGUUGGAGUUCAAAAAAGUCGAUGAAUUAGUCGAAAAUUGCCAGGGCGCCGGGAUUAUCGCCAACUGUGGGGAUUUGAAGGCAUUUUUGGAUGCUGAAUUGGUGGAAUUUGCUAGUAAUGUGGUUUUGAAGCUGAAGAGGUUGUUGAUCAACCAUGGUGGAAAGCUGUGGUUGAUCGGCUUCUUGGCUGAUGAUGAUGGCUACAAGAAGCUGGUAGAUCUGUUUCCUUGUAUUGAGAUGGAUCUGGAUUUGCAUCUGCUGCCUAUCACUGCUUCAUCCAUGGGAGUAAAGCCUUUCAAGUCCAGCUUGAUGAGGUCUUUUGUUCCAUUUGGUGGAUUCUUCUCUAUGUCAUCUGAGCUUAAAAGUCCAUGCACAAAUGUUACGAAACCCAUGAAACUAUGCAGCUCGUGCAAUGAAAAGUAUGAGAAAGAAGUUUCUGAUGUCCCGAAGGGAGUUUCAACCAGUUCAGUUGCUGAUAAGCAAUCAGUGAAUCUAUCUCCGUGGCUGCAUAUUGCUGAAUGUGAAACAAGCAAGAAAUCCUGCGCGGAAGAGGCUAAUAAAGACAAAACUAUACUGGAUGCAAAAAUAUUGGCCUUGCAGAGAAAAUGGAGUGGCAUCUGCCAGAGGCUUCAUCACUCUCAGACAUCUCAAGUGGAUACAACUCUACCAAAGCCACAUACUUCUAUUGCAACAACGCUGCAGCAUGUACCCAUACGAAAAGACGCAGUUGGUGCGGGUUCAUUAUCCGAUGGAAGCAAUGUGACUAAUAUGAGUACUUGCAUGCUCUCAGACUGGCAAAAGAACUCUCUUCUAAAGCAAAAUUUAAGUGCCAGAGUAAUUGUGCAGGCUGAAGUACCAACACAAGGUUUGGGGCUGAAUGAUUUUCAGAAUUCAUAUAGCUCUCAGCAAAGGACGAGCCUGCCCGUUGUUUGCACAUCUUCAACCUCUGUUGUCUCUGUGGCCACAGAUUUGACGCUCGGAACAUUUUGUGAUUCUUCUGGGGAAUUCAGAAAAAAUCCCAGCUUGCGAGAUGGUUGCAAUGGUCUUCAGAAUUCUGAAUCAUCUAGAAGCCUUGAGAAAUCUCUGAGCCAACUUUCUCAAUCUUCAUCUUAUUCUCAACAUCAUGGAAAGCAGAUGAAUGCAAAGGACCUCGAACAGCAAUGGCGUGUUCUGGCUGAAAAGGUUUAUUGGCAGUCGGAAGCCAUUCAAACUAUUGGUCGAACUGUGUCACGUUGCAGAAAUGAAAAUGCAAGAUAUCAUUGCUCAAAGAAGAGUAAUCUUUGGCUGAGCUUUUUGGGGCCUGAUAAAGUGGGGAAGAGAAAAAUAGCUGCAUCUGUUGCCGAGAUGGCAUUUGGGAGAGAGAACCACUUGCUAUAUUUGGAUCUUUGUGCUCAGGAUACGAACCCAUUCAACUACAUUGUUGAUUGUUAUGAUUCAAAAUACAUCAAAAUGCAGCCUGGGAGGGAACUGAUAGUUGAUUACCUUGCUGGAAUGUUGAGCAAGCAUCCCGACUCUGUUGUGCUCCUUGAAAAUGUUGAAAAGGCUGAUUUCUUGGUUCGCUCUAGUUUAUCUCAAGCCAUCAAAACAGGUAGAUUUCCAGAUUCACGUGGCAGGACCAUCUUCCUCAAUAACAAUAUAUUUAUCCUCGCCUCAACUGUCGUAAAGGGCAGUCAAGAUCUGCUUUUUGGUAAAGAAGCCUCUGAGUUUCCAGAAGAAACAAUUUUGGAGGCCAAAAAUAUGCAGAUGCAAAUUUUAGUAGAACCUGUUGGUGAUAUCUACAGAAGGAAUAGCACUACACUCGUUUCACUUUUCUCAAGUGAAAUGACCCCUAACCAAUUCUGUUCGAGUAAAAGAAAAUUGAUGAAUGUUGGCUCAACCAAAGCUGAGGUAUCGAAACGUGCUUGUCAACUGUCCAGAUCCUUUGACUUAAACUUGCCUGAUGAUGGCGGGGAAGAGGAUAGUGAUAUUGACAAAAGUGAUGAUGAUUACUCGGAUGAUUCAGAGGCAUGGCUGGGAGAGUUGCUCAAGCUUGUUGAUGAAAAGGUGGUGUCUAAACCAUUUGACUUCGAUUCUCUCUCUCAGAAGAUACUAAGGGAGAUAGAUGCACAGUUGAGAAAGAUAGUUGGAGCCACUGUUCUUCUAGAAAUUGAUAGACAAGUAAUGGUCCAAAUGCUUGCAGCUUCUUGGUUAACAGAAAGAGAGGACGUGUUGAGGGAUUGGAUCGAGCAGGUGCUCUGUUCGGGCAUAGAUGAAGCUCGUAAAAGGUGCAAUGUUGCUUCUGAUUUUGUAUUGAAAUUAGUACCCUGUGACUACGGGCUUGUUGCGAAAGCACAAGCCUCUAGCGUGUGUCUUCCAGCAAAAAUAAACGUUUAACCGAUCUUUUUUCAGGUAUGCAUCUUAUUGAUUGUUAUAAGAUGUUGUCUAUAUCUGUCUAUGUUUAGGUCAUGUAACGCUAUGCAUUAGCUUAUGUUUUGCAUAUAGUAGAAGGAAUAAAUAGGUUUAUUGCAACUUGUCAAUGACUUCUUCCUGUAUGAGGUAUAGCCAGAGAACUACUAUAUUUUUGUAUCUUAUUUUUCUCAUGAUGCUGAAUGUAAUGAUAUGAAAGUUGAAGGAUUAGGCACCUCUUGCAUGUGUAUUUUCGGAAUAAAACAUUUUCGUCCAUGUUUCCA